AAAAAUGAGUAUUGAACGCCAAAGAGGUAGAAUGUUAAAAAGAGAGGCCUAAACGAACAAUCGUAUUAUAACGUUUCAUUGUACUUCAUGUUUAUUGUCUUUGGGAAGAUAUUGAUAUUGAAUAUGGAUAUAAAAUACGGAAAGAAUAUUUAAUACUAAGUGUUUGAUGUGUUUGUCCUUCUCAUCAUUUUGUUCGUAAAGAAUGUCUAUGCCAGUUUUUCUGUGUCGUUUAUAGAUAUUUACAAAACAUCCAUGGCUUGUGGUAAAAUAUCGACCACCUUCCCGCUGCAAGAAGAGGUGGAGAGCGGUCGGAACAGGCGACAUGUGCGGUGUCAGCGAUGUCCAUCCAUCAUCCUGAGUCCGAAAAUGGCUGUCUACAAGCAGGUGGAGUUCCCGCUGCCGCACAUGAAGCAGUCUAACGGGACCAUGGCAGGCAGCCCAGAGGAGGAGAUGAUCAAAGACUACUGGAUGGUGGACGACAUGUACUUCUUCGAGAACGUCGGCUUCUCGUACACUGUGGGGGGAGUGAAGUACCUGGCCUGUGCCGACUGCGAGGUUGGCCCCAUUGGCUGGUUCGACACGGAAGCCAAGAUCAGCUACGUGGCCCUGUCCAGGGUGCUGCACGGGAAUGGCUAGUUUGUGGGAGAUCUCAUCUUGAAUAGUUGCCAGAGGUUUUUCAACUACGAUCCAGCGACAUUCUACAUUCCUGUUGCUUCAUCAUCAUUUCUGGUUAUCACUUGGUAUUGUCAUGAUAGUUUUGACAGCUUGUUAAAUAUUUAUAGAAUGAUUCUAAUUAUAAUCUAAAGAAUCCAGUACUUGCCAAAUACUUACAAAAGUUUUCAGUUGGUAUAAAUACUGGUGAUAAUUUACUGUUUUGAUUUGUUUGGAGGGAGAUUUUUGCACAAUUUAAAAUGCACAAUGAAUAUUAUAUAAGUAAACAAAUAGCCAUCGAAGAGCAGUGUUUGUAUGGAAAGUUUACUGUAGAAAGUAUUUUCAUUUUGUCUUCCAUAUGAAAUGUGUACAUAUUUCGAAUUAAAUCUUGUGUACUUUUACAUCGGUAAUCGUGAUGUAACAUAAUUGUGCUAGGUGUUGAUUAGGAAGUUUGUAACUACCCAUAUUUUUAGUUUAGUUUUACUUGUAAUAAAUUUACAUUUACUGUUUUAAGUACAAAAGUACAUAAUGUACUGUUUUCUGUACUGUAGAAAAUGUUAUCAAACAAAAUUGUUAGAAUUUUAUUGUAGAAUACAUUUUGGAUAUUUCAGUACAACUGAACGUUUUUGUACUUUUCAUGUGAGCCGUUUUGCUUCCCAGUCUGGUCGUUACGACUUAGCUGGUUCGCGAAUAUGGCAGCUGGUUCCAUAGAGCCACCUUCACAUAGAUGCAGUGUUUUAGGUGGGAAGUGUGUGGAUUUUCAUUCUAGCUAUUUGCAGAAAAUUUGUUUUGCUAUUUGUACAUUGUAAAAAUUAAGAAAGAAAAGGAUUAAAUUUGUUUUUACAGCUGCAGAGUUACAAAUAAAAAGCUUUAGACUUAAAAAAAAAA